CAACAUUAUUCAAGUCUAUCGCAAAAAGGAAAAAAGUUUUAGAAAAAUAACAAAAACAAAACAAAACAUGGAGUCUAAAAAGUUGAUGGUUCUUCUUUUGGUGUCUUCUCUUCUCUUAACCAUGGCAGAGUGUCAAGUAUUCUCCGGUUCGCCUUCUUCAAUGUCAUUUUCUUCUAUGUCAUCAGAUUCACCAUCAGGAUCUCCAUCAUCGUCUCCUUCAUCCUCACCGGUGGCUUCAACCAUGGAAGAAGGAGCUGCCGCCGCAACCUCAGCAUAUGAGAAAUUGAAAAACAAAAUAACAACCUGAAAUUUUAUUUCAACCAUUUAAAAGAACUCGUAAUAAUUUUUUCUGUUACCUUUUUCUAUUGAAAGGUGGAAAAUUGCAAGGACAUUUCAGCUGCUAUCUAUGUCCUUUAGUUUCGUUUGGUGUCACAAGCUCUUUUUAGGUACAUAUAUUUAUAGUUAAUAAAUAAAUAUACGAGCAAUAAAUGUUGCUCUUCUCGUUGUAAGUUUGUAGCAAUAAAAAAGUAGUAUAUAAAAUAACCAUUUGAAUGCUAGAGCACUGCUUAAUUUUGUCCGAAAAAUAACUUUUAUGAUAUUGAUUUUUGUUUCAAUCAAACUCGGA